CUUAUAUAUGUUUUUUUCCUUCUUUAUUAUGCAUUUUCGGCAGGUGCGACUUAUACUCCAGUGCGACUUAUAUAUGUUUUUUUCCUUCUUUAUUAUGCAUUUUCGGCAGGUGCGACUUAUACUCCAGUGCGACUUAUAUAUAUAUUUUUUUCUUUUUUAUUAUGCAUUUUUGGCCGGUGCGACUUAUACUCCAGUGCGACUUAUAUAUAUAUUUUUUUCCCCUUUUUUAUUAUGCAUUUUUGGCCGGUGCGACUUAUACUCCAGUGCGACUUAUAUAUGUUUUUUCCCUUCUUUGUUAUGCAUUUUCGGCCGGUGCGACUUAUACUCCAGUGCGACUUAUACUCCAGUGCGACUUAUAUAUAUUUUUUCCCUUUUUUAUUAUGCAUUUUUGGCCGGUGCGACUUAUACUCCAGUGCGAGUUAUAUAUGGUUUUUUCCUUCUUUGUUAUGCAUUUUCGGCAGGUGCGACUUAUACUCCAGUGCGACUUAUAUAUAUUUUUUUCCUUUUUUAUAAUGCUUUUUUGGCCGGUGCGACUUAUACUCCAGUGCGACUUAUAUAUAUUUUUCCCCUUUUUUAUUAUGCAUUUUCGGCCGGUGCGACUUAUAUAUAUGUUUUUCCUUUUUUAUUAUGCAUUUUCGGCCGGUGCGACUUAUACUCCAGUGCGACUUAUAUAUGUUUUUUUCCUUCUUUAUUAUGCAUUUUCGGCAGGUGCGACUUAUACUCCAGUGCGACUUAUAUAUUUUUUUUUCCUUUUUUAUUGUGCAUUUUCGGCACGUGCGACUUAUACUCCAGUGCGACUUAUAUAUAUUUUUUUCCCUUUUUUUAUUAUGCAUUUUCGGCAGGUGCGACUUAUACUCCAGUGCGACUCAUAUAUGUUUUUUUCCUUCUUUAUUAUGCAUUUUCGGCAGGUGCGACUUAUACUCAGGUGCGACUUAUACUCCGAAAAAUACGGUACAUAUAGCACAGACUGCAUGUAUUAAACAAAUGUUGAUUUUGCAGGCAUCGCCACUGACAUGCAUGAGUUGUCACAAGGUUCCACAUGUGCAUGUGACACAUAAAUGCCCCCCUGAGGACGUACUGCUACUAAUCUUUGAAAGAAUGUGCCGGAAAAUGGCUGUCACGCAGGAUGUUGUGCGUGACUUCACUGCGUUUGUUUUGCUUUUUCGCAACACUUGAAGGAGACGUAUGGGCUUUUCGGACUUAUAAAUAUUGUUCAGAGAGGUGAGCGCCC